GGGGGGAAUUCGGAGAGAGGGGGCAGUGCUGAGAGCACAGGAGAAACACCAGAAGAGAAGCAGCAGCAGCAGCCGCUAACCGGGGGAGAAAGGGAAGAAAAGAGCAGAUCAGACAAAGGAGAAUAGCAGCGAACAAACUGGGGAAAAACUAUAAAGCUUUGUUCUGUUGCACAAUGGGCCAAAAAGGAGAAAAAUCUUAGUUGGAAGAAGCAAGGGGAGAAAUCUCUAGGACCAAUGGAAGAAUAGAAAGAAGGUGUGAGGAGCAACCGGGAACUGAAAAGUGUUGCCUGGGGGUUAUAUCUGCAAAAGUUCCUGAUCAACACAAGUGGCAAAGAUCCACCUCCACUGACAACUGGUGGGAAAAAGGAUAAAAGUUAAAUCCCUGGAACAAGACACCGUUUUUAUUCUUUCCUGUUGGUCCAGAAAUAAGACCCUUUGGAAAAAGAAGCCAAGACAGAAAAAGCAUCUUAACUCUCUUUAUCCAGUUACCUGUAUGAGAGACCUGAGUUCUAGGAAAGAAAAAACAACCAGUCAUCUUUUCAGGAUAAAUUGUACAUUUAUUGGGCUGAGGACAGUUCUUUGUGGAGUGUUUGGAGCUGUGAUUUGAAAACGUCACUGAUAUUUUAUUUGCACUUUGGAUCGUAAGCAUGAGUGAAUUCUGGUUGUGUUUCAAUUGCUGUAUUGCAGAGCAACCUCAGCCUAAAAGGAGACGGAGGAUUGACCGAAGCAUGAUAGGCGAGCCAACGAACUUCGUUCACACAGCUCACGUAGGAUCAGGUGACCUGUUCAGUGGAAUGAAUUCAGUUAGCUCCAUACAAAACCAAAUGCAAUCCAAGGGAGGUUAUGGAGGUGGAAUGUCUUCAAAUGUCCAAAUGCAGCUUGUAGAUACAAAGGCAGGAUAACCUUGGGAGCCAUUCCAGUUCAUGUGAAUUUCCAUAUCUCUUCUUUCUACUGUUUUGUUUUUGUUAAUUUGGAGUUUUUUGGGUUUGGGAAUUGUUUUGGUUUGGGAUUUGGGGAGGGAGGGGGCCCUUGAGACUACUUUCCGUGCUUAUUUUAAGAAAGAAAUGUGAUGGGACCUUGUUCAACCUCUUGUGAUUACUCCAGUGAAAAGUUACUGUUAUGCUCCAAAGAAGCUGUUUGUAAAGUGGAUCUUGUCAUGCCUUCCACUGGCUUGUGUGUGUUUGGCUUCUACCAAAAUAAUCGAUAAGUAGUAGACUGGGUUGUGAUUUUAUAUUUUAAACAUUUUUUCAAGUUUAAAUAAAUAGGCAACCAAUUUUAGCAUGACCUUUUCCUGUAAUCACCACUGUACAGAAUUAUUUUGCCAAUUUUUUCAUUAAAAAAAACCCAAACAACCACCCACCUUUUCUGUCCCCACCACCCUUCUUACUGUAAUUUUAGGUCCCAAGCAUGACAUGUUAUUUUUUAUUUAUAUAUUUGGGGGAAAGUCUGGGACCCACAAGCACAAUUACCAUUUUCCCAUUUGUUUGAAGCCCGGCAGAGUCAAUGCCUGUGCUUUAUGAAGUUGCCUCUUUGGUGCCAGAAAUAAAAAUUGCUCAUUUGCUGCAGCUGAUGAUGCUGCUGGUAGAGAAAAUUUAAGUCUGGCACUACAAUUAUAUCAGUAUCACAGAAAAUGAUAACUUGUAACUUAGCUGCUUUAAAACAAUGUCCCUUUUAGUUAUAUUUUAUCUUGAAAUAAAACAAAAGCUUGCAUUCAUAAGACAUUCUGUUGUAAAUGUUUAGUAUAUUUAUUUUAAGAGAACUGACCUCAAGAUUGUAAACUAGUCUAGUAACAUGUAAAUAACAUAUGAUAGUACUUUCAACCAGUCAGUUUUCAAGUGGUGUUGCUCUAGCUGCACAUUUCUUUUUCCCUUUUCUUCCUUUUUUGCUUUUUAUGUUGACUCUUAGACUUGUCCAUCAGCAGAAUGUUGAACUGCCUGUCUGUGUUAUUAAUAGCAGUUUAGUGGACCUAUCAACAUAGUUGGCAGGUUUAUUUGUUUGUUUUUCUUUUUCUAAGUGUUUCCAGGCCAUGUUAAGUUGCUAAUAGCAACAUAUUGACCUGGCAGAACAGAAACUAUUGAAAACAACUUACAGGGUGACUUUUUACUGUUGGUAACAAGCCUUUUGCUCAGGUUCCAAAGCAUAUUCAUCUUUCACAAACUGUAAAAAGUAAAUUUGAAUAUUGCACUAUCUUCAAAUUCUAGAAAUGGUUUCUCUCCCAUCCUUUAUCCCCAUGCCUUACCAUUAUGGUAACCUCAAAACAAAGUCAACAAUUUGAUUCUCUAUUGAUUUUUUUUUUUUAAUCAUGUGCACAAUUCACCCCUAUCCAUGUUUGUCUGAUACAGUUAUCUAGCGAUAGGGCAAAACUGAGCUCAACCAGGGUGCCACCAAGUUGGAAAUUAAAUGCAAAAAGUAAAUUUUUAUACUGUAUUCAUAUUUCCCCUUCACCCAAACCUCAGUUUCAUCUGAAACAACUAAUUAAAUAAGUGCUAGAUGUGUGAAGGCACAAAAUGGUAUCUUUUCUCUGAUAAUUUACAAGUUGAUUCACCGGAAAUAAAGUAGCCCGCUGAUUACACUUACUUACUUCCACUGUACCUACAGAGUGAAUGCAGUAUAUCUGGUUAAGAGAACCAGAUUGUUGACUCUUUGGAUUCAUGAUUUCAAAUGGUCCCCAAGAUCCUUUUCAGUAGUAUGAUUUACUCAUUAGAAUUUGACAUAAGAAAUCAUUGUCAUUAAUGCAUUUUGUGGAAAUAGCAGUCUUACAUUUUUUUUUUUAAUUUGAUGAUCCAGUUGUCCAUCUAUGACUACUCACUGACCCUGGCAUUUUUUCCAUAGCACUAUUUGGCAUAUUCAACUCUAUAAUGCAUCAUCAUUUCACACAAUGUUGUCAGAGUAUGUGCACUUUAAUAAGUUUGAUUCUUUUUGCAACCGGUAAUAGCUACAUUCCAACUGCUCUGCUUCUACUAUUUUUCUUAAAAGUACUGUUGAAAUUCUUCAUAUUCAUAUAGAGCAUACUGUAGAGUGCAGUACUGUCUGGGCAAAAGGCUUUUGAGCAUAGGAAGUGCUGCCACUUCUGUAGGAUGAGCAGCACUAGCAGCAGAUCUUGCCCCUCUAUUGUUCCAUGAGGGUUGAAUUAGAACAGCAGGAGGAGCCAGGUCUCUAUAGUCAUUGUCUCUUCAAAAUCAUAUUUUUCUUCCCUCUCUUCCCUGAUGUCAAUAUAGGCAUUUGGGUCAGUUUUCCCUCCAUUCCUGCUGUUGUUGUUCAGUCAUGUCUGACUCUUUGUGACCCCAUUUGGGGUUUUCCUGGCAAAGAUACUGGAGUGGUUUGCCAUUUCCUUCUCCAGCUCAUUUUACCUAUCAGGAAACUGAGGCAAACAGGGUUAGGUGACUUGCCCAGGGUCACACAGCUACUAAGUGUCUGAGGCCGAAUUUGAACUCAGGUCCUCCUAAUUCCAGGCCCCUCAUUAUCUCCACUUUGCCACCUAGCUGGUCAUAGAGUCAUUCCUGACUCAAUGAAAUAAAUGUUCCAGAAUACAUUUUGUGAGCUUCCACUGAUAAGCAAGAACUGAAUUUUUCAUUCCUUAACUUUCUAAACUGCUGUAUGACCUCUCCAGUGAUACUAUUAAAAUACUAUGUAUGGUUUUCACAGGGAGGAGAUUCCAGUUAAAUCAUAAGAUCAAAAACCUCCCUAACACGUUAAACCAUAUUUUAUGGAGUUUUUUGAUACCCAGGAAGAAAAAUUAGAAGCAUUGUAAAGUUUUGAGGCUGGCUUUAAUUGAUUAAUUAAAGUUUUAAUGCAUUUUAAAAGUUGAUUUAAUUAUGUCAAAGGGCCAAACAUUUCUCCUAUGGUAAAACAUCUUUUAAAAGAGAAGAUAAUUGAUCAAAACAUGGAGCCCACUUACUCAAAAUUUAGUUUCUAGUCAACUAAUGAAAUGCAUUUAUUUUUUAAAUUGGGGAAUAACAGUUGCAGUUUAACUCACAUAAUAUCUGACAACAAUGGUUCAGGCUUGAAAUGGUGCCAAAAUAUGGAAAGCAAAAUUAUUAUGGUUCAGUGAUUUAGAGUGUGUUGGGGGAGGGGGAGUUCAGAAAGAGAAGCCAGUAUUUCCAACACAAUUUUUGUCAUUGGGCCUUUCAAAAAAAAGUUUUGUGAUCAUAAUAUUUUUUUCCUUUUGCCAUAAAUUAUCUACUAAAGCAGAUUCAAAACUUUCAUCAGAUGUCCUCUGCUCAGCAUCAAGAAAAAAAAUUGGGAUAUUUUUAUAACAUACUUUAUAGCAUACUUUUUUUUGUAAACUAUGUUCAUUCUUGAAUAAUGUCAUUCCCAUGUUGACUUGUAGAUAUUAAAAUGAAAGUAAUGAUUUUGAUUCAAUAAAUGUUUUUUUGUUUGUU